AUGGCUCACCGCUACGGUCCCCAGGGCUGUGUGAAGACCUUCAGAGACGAGAAGAGCCGAACUUGCAUCAUGAAAACGGAUUGCUCCACAGCCGCAGGCUUCAGCGAGUUCGACAUGGGCUUUCGGUGUGGCUCGGCGUGCGUCGGCUGCGACGACUCCAAGGCGGUGGUCCAUCUUUUCGGCCUGGGAUCCUUUGCUGUGAAGGAGACCUUCGACACCCAAAUCGCCUGUGACAAGUGCCUUCCCUUGGAGGAGAACAAGCAUCAGACGGUCAGCGACUUAGCCUCCGAGGUCGUGAGCCUGAGGCAGAACCUUGCAGAAGUCUCCUCGUCCAUGGAUGGCCUGCAGAAGAAGGUCCUCUCAGCCAUUCAGCUGCGAGGCGGCCAUGGGCAGUGA